AGGAACACGUGCUUGGAAGAUUCAGAUGCAGGGACAACAACUACCCGUAGUACUCUCUCUGCUUGUCUGUGCUUAAGGAAUAUGAUCCUGCUUUGAUUGAAUACAUCUAUAGACAUGGACAAACCAAGUGCGUCUUGGGAUGCUCUGGGCGAGCGCUUCUACUGCCGUCACGAUUUGUAUACGCUGUCUUGGCCCGAAUUUGACUUUGAGGAGGUUUUGUAUGCUGCUGCUCCCUACGGAGGCGCUAUUGCCUUGACUCGCAAUGAUGAGCGCGUACAGCGUUACCGCGGGCAGACUUUCGCCAAAGGUGCAGUUCAAAUAUACAGCUGCACUGGUGAGAAAAUACGCGACAUCCGCUGGGAGGGUGUGUCCGUCGCUGCACUAGGCUGGACGGAUGAUGAGCGACUGCUUAUAGUAGCACGUGAGGGACAAGUCAGACAUUACGAUCUGCUUGGUAAUUUCAGUCAGUUCAGCUUGCUUGGUUCAGGCACUGGCGUACAAAUUCGCGAUUGUCAGUUCUGGUCGAAAGGCAUGGUUGCGCGUACUACAGAGAAUGUUUUCAUCAAGGUGGAUCACUACAACGAUGCUCAUCCACAAGCUUUCUCUGGUGUACAACUAGGAAUUGAGGUGACUGCACACAGCUGGGCCAUCAUUGCGCCGUCCUUUUCACUAAGCCGGCAAGUGGAAUGCAUUGUUGCAGCUGGCAACACUUUGUUCACCCUGGAUGGCAGCGAGCAGCAAUCCCAGAACAUCAGUCAUGGCCCUUUUACGCAUAUCCAGGUUUCUCCAAACGGCCAAUUCGUUGCGCUCCGGUCAGAAGAUGGCAAGAUUUGGGUUACUUCGGCAGAUUUUCAACGCACUUUGACUGAGUUUGAUGCAUCUGGAGAUGGCAAACCAGAGACAUUGGCAUGGUGCGGAAAUGAUGCGCUCGUCAUGCUCGUUGGUACUGUUUUGACGGUCAUUGGUCCGGCUGGCGAUAUUGUCCAGUACGCUUACGACGCAGCAGUAGGCCUUGUCACAGAGGUGGAUGGCCUACGUAUCUUCAGUCAAACUCUUUGUGAGUUUUUGCAGAAAGUGCCAGAGACGACCGAGCGUAUCUUUGCGCCAGGAAGUGACAGCGCCGCGUCCAUCUUGCUUGACGCAAUUGACCAACUUGACAGCGGCUCCUCCGAAGCAGAUGAAAGCAUCCGUCUCAUUCAGCCAUACUUGGCUGAUGCGGUAGACGAUUGCGUUCGUGCGGCGGGCGAGGCACAUGAACCUCGCUGGCAGAAGCACCUAUUGCGUGCCGCAUCAUUCGGCAAAAGCUUCUUGGAACUCUACAAUAGCGACGAAUUCGUGGAUUUAUGUGAGAUGUUACGAGUCAACAAUGCAGUGGCGUAUACCGAUGUUGGAAUCCCUCUCACACUGGAGCAGAGCAUUCGCUUGACUCCGGAAGGUCUUCUCGAUCGCUUGCUGCAAAGAAAACAUCAUCAUCUUGCUUCGAAAAUCUGUGCUCACUUGAAGCUAUCCCCAGACGUGGUCUAUGUUCAUUGGGCAUGUCUCAAACUUCAGAGUACGGUAGAAGACGACGCGAGCAUUUGCCAUUCUAUUGUUGACAAGUUGUCGCAACGUAAGCAAAUCUCGUACGAACAGAUCGCUCGCACAGCCUUCCAAGGCGGCCGACUCAGCUUGGCGACUGAGCUACUCAAGCAUGAGCCUCGAGCAGGUGCUCAGGUCCCUCUUUUGCUGGAUCUCGAGGAAGAUGAAGCUGCUAUGCGCAUGGCUAUUCGCAGCGGUGAUCCAGAUUUGCUAGAACACGUCGUCUUCCGCAUGAAGGCGAAACAUCCACUGGCUGUGUUCUUCCGCAUGAUCAAUAACAAACCUGCAGCCGUAGCUGUUUUGAUUGAAUAUGCGAAGAGGCAUGACACCCAGCUGCUGAAGGACUUUUACUACCAGGACGAUCGCAAGGUCGAAGCGGCGCUCUCGGUGCUAGCAGAAUCUGUUGAAGAGACCGAGCGGCAGCAGCAGUACAACAAGGCACGUUUGGCGAUGAAGAUGCUCGAGAGUGCCAAAGAACAUGGCCUAGAGCAGCGAUUGUUGGAAGAUAAUGUCAAGCUCUUUCAAAUCCAAGACUCCCUUGCCAAAGAUCUUGGUACAUCCUUUGAAGGAAUGUCACCGAUCGAUAUCAUUAUGAGGCUGUUGACGACCGGCAGCCUGUCGCGAGCCCAAAAGGUGGCGACCGCCUUCAAGGUCCCCGAAGUGACGUUCGUCUGGCUGCAACUACGCACAUUCAUAACACAGCGUGAAUGGGAGGCACUCGAACGAUGGCUGUUCAGACUCAAGAAGUGUCCAAUUGGCUAUGACAAGAUUGCUCGAGAGAUACAACAGGCUGGGAACAAGAAGCUAGCAAGCAAAGUGGUUGCCUUGUUGUCCAAUGGUCGUGAACGCGUCGAGCUGUGGCUUGAGCUUGAAGAUCCGGUUGCAGCAGCGCGUGAAGCCCUUCGACUGAAGCAGACGGAGCUCUUUGAACAAGCAAAGCAGUCUUCUAGUGGGAGAGACUUGGCAGAGAUCGAGGAAAUGGCCCGUAGAGCUGUAACAAAGUAGCCACAUGGCAAAGGCAGCUCUACCAUCGCGGCUGCGAUUUUUCGAUUGCGGGUGUUUUCAAAUCCAGAUCCUCAUUUUGAUUGCCAAAUGGAUUGUUCUCGUCUUCCUCUUCUUCCUCCACCUCUUCUUCCUCCGACUGCUCCGAUUCGUAUUCGCUAUCUGAUGCCUGUACAGGCGCUCGAGGCCGCGUAGGCUUUCGAGGCGGCACUUCGUGUGUUUCGUCUACGCCAUGUAUGCCGUCAACGUAGCGUCGUCGCAGAUCCAUGUCAUGCUCCUCAUCCGAGUCAGGGGCUGUUGCCACUUGCUUGUAAGUGUCAAAGAGCUGUAACGCAGCCACCAAGUCAUCGUUCGUUUGCAACAAGGUGCCUACCCACUCCUCACUCUCGAUGCCAGCGACGUAGUGUAGCACUUUGCGCCGCUGUUCCCUGCAGUCCUUUUCUGAUUUGAUCACGAGAGGCAUUUUCAAGAAACUCGCAUCCUCCUUGUUG